AUGUCGACGUCGUCGUCGUCGCGACGCCCGCUCCCGUACACGCGGCAAUCGUGCCUCGCCGAGCUCGGUCUUCCCAUCGAGCGCGCGCACACCCGCGAGGAGAUCGCGCGCGCGUACCGCGACGCCGUGCUGCGCCGCCACCCCGACAGCGGCGGCGCGACCGCGUGCGCGGAGGCGCUGAACCGCGCGGUGCACGCGCGCAACGUCCUCGUCGGCGAUGGUGGGGGGGGCGGCCACGGCGGCGCCGGCGCCGGCGCCCGCGGCGGCGGUUGGUACUCGCGACCUGACCCGUUCACGACGUGGCGCGGGAGCUCCGCGCGCAGGUUCGCGAACCACGUCAAGCUGUGCGUCGUCCUCGCGACGUUCGCGACCGCGGGGACGCUGACGUGGACGCGCGCGACGGCGGACGCGCGCGCGAGGGAGCGAUCGCCGCGGCUUCGCGCGUUAAUCGGGCUCGCGCCGAGGGAGGAGGGGGGGGGAAGCUAG